GGUACAUACAUUUUCACAAUGAAAGUGUUGGCCGUAAUUUUUGUUAUAAUAUCCCUAACUGCGGCUAAAAUCACACUUGAUGAUAUUUCAAAGGCUUUUAAAAGCUGUGGUGCGACCUAUGGUGGAUCAAACGAUAUAAGGAAACUUGUAGUUAGCCCAAAUCCUGACAUCAAAACCUUGGGCUUGCAAACGCUGUGUAUCAACAUAAAACUUGGAGUAACCAAUGAAAAUUGUGACGUUGAUAAAACCCUCACUAGGGAGGUUGUAAUGCUUUUUACUGGCAAUAAGAAAACUGCCGACAAAGUUGAUAAGAGAUGCACAAAUCGUAAUGGCGCAACUUCUGAGGAUGCCUGUUUUAAUUAUUGGCGUUGUGCAAGACUUAUUAUCGAUAACGAAAACAAUUAAGUGUAUAACAAAAAAGAAACUAUUUAAUUACUUUAUAAUGAUAAUUAAAAUAUUUUC